CUUCCAUCCUCGGAGUCAAGUUGGUAUUACUCUCUUGACUAUCUGGGAAAUUCCGAUGGAGUGGCGUAAAGGCGCCUCAUGUCCGACGUUGGAAGGCAACAUGCAUGAGGACUGGCGGCAGUGACGUGUACGGGACGAAAAUCGCUGGGAAAGGGAGCUGAUUAGGCUAUUCAGUACGUUGUUUCGCUUGUCUUUUCCGUUAAUUUUCUUGCAUUUUGAAAUUUUUAGCGGGAAGACAUGGAGGGACUUGACGACGGCGUUUCCGAAGACCGCGAAUCGAUUGCCUGACGUGAAUUAGAUGCAAUCAACAAUUCUUCUAUUCUCGUUUCAGAUCUGUCGUCUUUAUUACCUUCUUCCUUAUAUCCAGCAACCACCCAACGCCUUUUUUUUGUUUGCUUUCUCUUCAAUGGCGAACCGUAAACGCGAACACCCACCUCGUCUUCAACAUUCUCCAUCUUUACCCAAUAUCUGGUUCCCGCCCCAUUCAGGACCGCUUCCUCCAAAGUUGAAUGCUAUUCCCCGGGACAACCUCCAUCUUCCCGCCACUCCGCCGGCACUCGCGACCUCCUUCUCACUUCCCCGGCCCGCCGACACCCCAAAGGCAAAGCUUGCGCGCCCCCAUGUCCACAGUAAGCUGCUUACCCCGCCCCUCACUCCGUCGUCCAGCAUCCGCACCGCCGACUCGCUCGACGACGCGACCACCGUCAGUCAACGCGCUAAUCCCGACGCGACUCGUUUCCUUCUGAUCAGCAACAUUUCGCGUACAGUAAAGACAGAAACUCUCAGUCACCUUUUCUCUUCCUAUCUUUCUGCAGAAACUCUUGGCCGGCUACCAGGUUCCUCUUCCGAGAACCGUCCCCCAGCCAACGAACGCCAGUCCUCGACGUUUAAAAACGUGCCAAUCACCGACUCUCCGAUCAAAGGCGUGUUUGUUCGUUAUGUACAGUCCCAAGGCAUCGUCGUCCUUGCCUUUUUCGAUGUCAGAUAUGCUCAAGCUGCUCACACCCUUCUCGCAACUCGUUCCACAGAUCUCCUCGAUAUUUGUGCCGAUGACGCCUGGUUUCGGUGUCGCUAUCUCACACCAAACCAGACCGUUCAGCUGACCGGGGACUCCAAGUUCCUCAAGGCUGCUAGUGCUGCCUUUUACAUCUCUGUCCAAGGUAUAGAAGAGCAGGAUGAGUCAGACAAUUCUUCCCGGAAACGUCCCGUCAACGUUGACACCCUCUUGCAACUGCUUGAGUCCUUUGGCACUAUUCGUACUGUCAAUGUCGUCGACUCGCUCAACGAUGACUUGUGCUUCAAAAAUUAUCACAUCGAGUACUGCGACUUUCGCGAUGCUGAUGCUGCCUAUGCCGCAUUGGACGGCCAAAUCCUCUUUGGCAUGAAGCUUCAAGUAUUUGGCCGCGAAGAGUCUCGAUCAGAAGGCACUGAUGGUCCUGUUCCGUUUCCAAGUGGCGAAGACUCGACGGGUACCUUGCUGCACUUUGGACGGAGAUCCCAGACCCGCGAACGUUUCGUCUUUCCGCCGCCUAUUAACACCCAGGCCAAGCCUGACGACGAAGAUGACGACCGCACUCUUGUCUGGUCGUCCGGUUCGCCUACCUUUUUCUACACUUCCCCUCCGUCCGAUGAUUUAUCCGAGCAUUCGGCAACCAAGGACACCGGCCCGUCACUUCCUGACAGCGAGCCAGGCCCGUUCUACGCCGCCCACCCCGAGUUUUAUUAUGACGGUCCGCCUAUGCCGUAUCCCGCCCCAUACCCUUACCCGCCCACGUCCCCCGGCCCGAUGUACCCCACUUCCCCAGUCCUGGGCUUCGGGCCCCCAUACGACGACCCCCACCGCCUUGCAGCAGCUAUGAACGGCCUCUCCUGGGGCCCUCCUCCCGCCGCUUUCGGUCCCCACCCUCCAGAAUUUUGGCGUCCUGGUCCCAGUUUCUUCCAGAACCCUGUUCCAGAAGGACCAGCUUACCCCACCGAUGUGGCCCCGGAGCCGCCCCUCCCAUCAAGGAACCGAUCACUCCAUAAAGCAAAUCCCGGUGCUGCAAAGGACGAGCAGCAAGGAGCUCGCAACCAGCUCGACCUCGCCCUCAUCGAGAACGGUGGUGAUACUCGCACGACCGUCAUGAUCAAAAAUAUUCCCAAUAAAAUGUCAGAUAGAGAUCUCAUGUCGUUUAUCGACAAGGUCUGCCCGAGGAGGAUUGACUUUAUGUAUCUCAGGAUGGAUUUCAAAAAUGGAUGCAACGUCGGAUACGCCUUUGUCAACUUUAUACAAGUCGAAGAUCUAUUAUUAUUCGCCAAGAAGCGCCUGGGACAAAAAUGGAACAUGUUCUCCAGCGAAAAAGUGCUCCAGAUGAGCUACGCAAACUAUCAAGGGAAAGAAGCCCUUGUUGAGAAAUUCAAAAAUUCGUGCAUCAUGGAUGAGCAAGAGGCGUGGCAGCCAAAAAUAUUCUACUCUGCGGGCCCGGACCAGGGCUUGCCGGAGCCGUUCCCCGCCCCGACGCAUAUGAAGCGCAAGGAGAGGAGUCUGCACAAUCGAGGCACGCUCUUUGCUACUGCCGACAGUGGGAGGGGCGCUGUGAGGCAGGAUCACCGUCCAAAAGUCCCACUGACGAAAAGAAUUGGCGCCCAUCGGUGAUCCGACAAAUAUUUAUGUGUUCGUGGUGUUAAAAUGUUGUGUUUAAUAGUUGCUUUCGUAUAUGUGUGUGUUUUUUUCCCUGUGCUUAAUCAAAUGUAUCAAGUUCAUCCUUACGAAAUUCUCGAUCACUCGAUCUUGCCAAUUAUACGCGUCGACGGAGGAAAUAGUUGGACACGGCGCC